UCACAGUUUUGAGCAUUUUUUUUGCGUUUUUAUUUGCCGACAGCAAACGUGACGUCGCUCGUGUUUAUAAUGUCCGUUUAGCGCGUAAUUAUCAUUGAAAAUAUUCAUGAGGGACUUCUGGCGUCUCCUCUGAACGGGAAGUUUGAGUGGUUUCAUCGUCUGUGAGUCAUGUUGAACCCAACACAAUCCCGCGGACUGCUGGUUUUACUCCUGAGUUUAUUCUGCGGUGAUUUCAGCUGGGGAUGCUUUCAAAACAACGCCAAGAGCAGAAGCCCACAGAAGGAGCCUGUUUACGGAGAGACUCCGGACGGCCAGGACCAAAGCUGCUUGUGCCACUUAACGGGGGUCUUGGACGACUGUUUCUGUGUCAUCGAGAGCAUUGACGUCUUCAACAACUUCAGAAUUUAUCCUCACAUUCGCAAGCUCACAGAGAGAGACUUCUUCCGAUACUACAAGAGCUGAAGUGGAUGCAGCAGUAUGCAGUGGAUGUGACUCUGGAUCCUGAUACAGCUCAUCCUGAACUCAUUCUGUCUGAUGAUGGAAAACAAGUGAGAUGUGGAGACAUUAGACAGAAUCUCCCAGACACA